AUGCCCCGGGGACUUCUCCGUCUCUUGCCCGGUCUCGUGCUGCUGGCCGCGUGUCCGUGGUUUCUUCUCGCGGAGUUUUCGUCCAAAACGGAAGAUUACGAGUUUGGAGAUUACCGCGGGAAGUGGUGCCUGGACGACCACGGGUUCGUGUACGCCAUCGGAGAGGUGUACUACCCGAGCCCGUCCGCGUGCCCCUGCACGUGCACGGCGGACGGCCCUGUGUGCGUGCGGCCCAAGUGUCCGCGCGUCCAUCCCCGGUGCACGCGCAUCCGGUACAAGGGCUGCUGUCCCGUGUGCGAGGCCAUGGCGCGCGUGUGCGUGUACCGAGGCAAGACGUACAGGCUGCUCGAGGAGUUCUGGGUGUCCCGGUGUGAACGUUGUCGCUGUGGGUCGAACAGAGACGUUUACUGCACCAUCUCCGACUGCCCCGCCCCCCACUGUGUCAACCCCACGUACGAGCCCAACCACUGCUGCCCCAUCUGCAACACCGGACCUAACUGCUUCGUGGGGAACAGGAUCAUCCCGGCCGGAGAGCGGGUGAGCGUGGACGAGCGCACGGUCUGCUACUGCACGUACCGGGAGGGCACCUGGCACACCCACCCCCACGCCACCUGUGAGGAGCAAAACAACGAGAGCACCCAGAGCACCCAGAGCACCCCGAGCCCCGAGACCCCGGACCCGCCCAGAGACCAGGACUCAGGAGAGGGGAGGAGGUACGGGCCCAGGCUGGAGAUGAUUCCCUAA